AUGAACUUCCAGGUGACAGGCCUGGGCCUGGACAAGAUGAAGCUGGACAGUUCUCAGUCUUUCCUGGACCGGGAGGUGACAGAGGAGAUGGAGGAGAUGGAGGGUCAGCAGCUGCUGGAGCCGGAAGCUUGGAGGACCUACAUGGAGCACCGCAACACGCUGCGUGAGUUCCUGACUUCGGACCUGAGCCGCCAGCUGCUCAAGCGCCACCAUGCCCGCAUGCAGCUGCUCAAGAAGUGCUCCUACUACAUCGAGGUCCUGCCCAAGCACCUGGCCCUGGGCGACCAGAACCCACUGGUGCUGCCCAACACCAUGCUCCAGCUCAUCGACCCCUGGAAGUUUCAGCGGAUGAAGAAGGUGGGCACAGCACAGACUAAGAUCCAGCUCCUGUUGCUCGGGGACCUGCUAGAGCAGCUGGACCGCGGCCACGCCGAGCUGGAUGCCAUGCUUGAGUCGCCUGACCCACGGCCCUUCCUGGCUGGCUGGGGGCUGGUGGAGCAGCAGCUGGCAGACUUGUCGGCUAUCAUGGACAACUUCCUGACCAUGAUGGUGCCCGGGCGACUGCACAUCAAGCACCGUCUUGUGUCCGACAUCAGUGCCACCAAGAUCCCGCACAUCAGGCUCAUGCUGAGCACCAAGAUGCCGGUCAUGUUUGACCGAAAGGAGUCAGUGGCCCACCAGGACAGGGUCAGCUUGCGCUGGUUUGUCACCAUCCAGCCGGUGGCGCUGGAGCCGUUUGAGCUGCGCUUCAAGCUGCUGGACCCACAGACACAGCAGGAACGCAUGCAGUGUGGCAUCAUCCCUGUGGCCACCUGCACCUUUGACAUCUGCAACCUGCUACCCAAUCGCUACUACAAGUUCACCAUCAAGAGAGCUGAGAGCUACACGCUGGUGUAUGAGCCCUGGCGGGAUAGCCUCACCCUGCAGACUAAGCCGGGGGUCCCUGAAGUGCCCAACCCCAGUCGGCUGGGUAAGCCCAACCCACCCCUGACCAUACCUUCUGACAGAUGA